AUGGAUGGUGCUUCCAGUAUUACUCAAAGUAAGAAUGUUUCACUGUUCGGUAGUGUUCCAUUUCAUGGCUCAUGUUCGUUGAAAACUAAGCGUAGAAGAAGUGACAUGUGUUUGAGCUCUAAAAAAAGCAAGUCAGAUGAAGAGUCUCUUGUGUGGCAUAAACAAGUUAAUUUUAUUCGCAUUGACAGUGAUGAAGAACGAGAUCAAGAGUGGUCGAAAUUUUCUAAGGGUUAUGAUGAUGAUGUUAUUUGGAUUGACACUGACGAAGAAGGAGAUCAAGAGGAGUUGAAAUUUUCUAAGGCUUGUGUUGAACAAGUAGAAAAUGUUGUUGGUGAUGCUGAUGAUGUUAUUUGCCUUGACAGUGACGAGGAAGGAGAUAAAGAGGAGUUGAACUUUUCUGAUAAGAAAUUUUCUAAGGCUUGUGUUGAACAAGUAGAAAUUGUUGAUAAUGCUGAUGCUGAUAAGGUUGGAGAUGAGGAAUGGUUGGGAUAUCCUAACAAGAACAAAUUUGAGGUUGACGGCAUUAAUAUCCAAAAUGAGGAACAAAGUGGAGAUAUUGUUGGUGAAGGAGGGUUGGAAGAAUAUUAUAAUGAUGAUGAAGAAGAUGAAUUUGAUGAUGGUGAAGAAAGUGAGGAAAUUGAGACUAGUGAUGAAGAAUUUCUAGUUGAUAAUGUGAAUGAUGUUUUUGAAAGUGAUGAUAGCCGUGGUGGUGGUGGUGGUGGUGAUGAUGAUGUACAAUCUGUUCGAGGUUUACGUGUUGGGGUUGAAAGUGAUUCUAUUAAACCAAAACAGAAGAAGAUGAUUGAGAGGAAGGAAAGUGAUUAUAAAGGUAGAGCUAGCAGCAGUAGUGGCGAGAAGAAGGAAUCCAUGGAGUUGCGUUUGAAUCAAAGGGGAAAAAGCACAGUUUUUUUGCCGAAGGAGUUGCGUUUAAUCGAACUCCUUGCUGGAUACUAUUGGGGAAACAAGAAUAGUAGAAUUCAGAAUGAUUCACCUGUGUUGGAGAUGAAAGAUGUUAUUCGGCGUGAUACAAGAUCACCACCUGUUUGUACUGAGACAGCUCCAUUGAUAUGGAGCCUUAAAAAGGCGGAGAAGGUGCAAAAGACCAAGAGCGAGAAGGAGGAGGAAGUACUAUGGGAUAAAAUGGAAACAAGCCUUAGAGAACUUGAAGCUGAAUCCAUGAUGGGAAAUUUAGGGACCAAUAAAGCUGUGAAGGAAAAGAUGGAAAGUUCAUCCUCUGAAUGUGAUCAUGACAUUCGUCUCGACGAAGAGAUUGGUGUAUAUUGCAGGCGAUGUGGUUGGGUUGUCACUGAUAUUAAAGAUGUCUCGCCACAAGUGGUUGAUAAAUUUCCUUAUGAAGGGUCCGGACAAAGGGUGUCGUUUGGUGAUGCAAAUGUCUCACACUUUCAUGACUCCUACUUCAAUGUUUUUAAUAAUGACUUGGGGACUAAUUUCUCGUACGACGAAAGAACAGUUUGGGACCUAAUUCCUGAUGUAAAACAAACCUUAUAUUCUCACCAACAAGAAGGUUUUGAGUUCAUUUGGAAUAAGUUAGUAGGAAACAUUGAACUUCAAGGGUUAAAGAAUGCCAAUCUUCAAAGGGAGGGUGGUUGCAUUAUUUCACAUGCUCCGGGAACUGGAAAGACAAAGCUGACAAUCAUGUUUCUCAAGGCUUAUUUAAAAGUUUUUCCAAAAUGCUUGCCGGUCAUUGUUGCUCCUGCUGGUUUGUUGCUUACUUGGGAAGAAGAAUUCAAAAAAUGGGACAUAGGUGUUCCAUUUCACAAUUUGAAGAAUCCUGAGUUAUCUGUUAAAGAGCUUGAUGAUGUUGUUAAUGCAACUAAUUGGUCUAAUUCACAGUGGCAUAGUACCGACGAGACACGAAUGGCUAAACUGAUUUCGUGGUUCAAAGAAACGAGCAUUCUGGGAAUCAGUUACAGUUUGUUCAAGAAGCUAGCAGGCGGAGAAGGGGCUUUACAAAAGAGAAAAGAAAACAGUUAUAUGAGAAAGGCUUUACUUGAAGCUCCAGGUUUGUUGGUUCUAGAUGAAGGACAUACGCCAAGAAAUGCAAGAAGUCGUGUUUGGAAGGUGUUGUCAAAAAUUCAAACAAAGAAGCGAAUUAUGCUUUCUGGAACUCCUUUCCAGAAUAAUUUCUUGGAACUGUACAACACCUUUAGCAUAGUGAAGCCUUCUUUUCCUAACACGAUACCGCACAAGCUGAAAAAGUUUUGCCAAAAACAUAAGAAAGCAGCAAAAGAGUGGAGUUGGGAACCAGUUGCUGAAAACAGUACAACAGGAAAUUCUACUGAUGAUAAGAUCAAGCAUUUGAAGUUGCUAAUGGAUCCCUUUGUUCAUGUUUACAAAGGCGCGAUUCUUCAAAAGAAGAUUCCAGGGUUAAGAGAUUGUGUGCUUCGUUUGAGGCCAGACAGUUUACAGAAGCAAAUUCUUGAGAGCAUUCAAAGUUCUCAGGGCAUAUUGAACUUUGAACAUAAGCUGAUACUGGCCUCAAUCCAUCCAUCACUAUUCCUAAAAUGCAAACUUUUGGAGAAAGAAGAAUCUAUUGUCGACAAGGAACGACUUGAAAAAGUUAGAUUGGAUCCACAUGUCGGCGUCAAAACAAAAUUUUUGGUGGAGUUUGUUAAUCUUUGUAAUGCUGUUAAUGAAAAAGUCCUUGUGUUCAGCCAAUUCACCGCUCCUUUACGCUUAAUUAUUGAGCAAUUAAACUCAAUCUUCAAUUGGGCCGAGGGGAAGGAAAUACUCUACAUGGAUGGCAAGAUUGAUCUGAAGGAAAAACAGUCUUUAAUCCAUAACUUCAAUGAUGCAAACAGCAAAGCUAAGAUUCUACUUGCAUGUACGAAAGCUUGUUCCGAGGGAAUUAGCUUAGUUGGAGCUUCAAGGAUUGUGCUACUUGAUGUUGUAUGGAAUCCUUCUGUCGAACGACAGGCUAUCAGUAGAGCAUAUAGGAUUGGACAAGAGAGAGUCGUGUACACGUACCAUCUACUCAUGCACGGGACUGCCGAGUGUGUCAAAUAUAGCAAACAGGCCGAAAAGGACCGGUUGUCUGAACUAGUGUUUUCGGAUAAUGGCAAGGGAAAAAACCGUGCGGUGAACUUUGAAGAUGGUAUUCUUGAUCGAAUGCUUCGGCACAAAAAACUUAAAGACAUAUUCUUCAAUAUUGCUCACUAUACAAAACAAGUUCAUGUGAUGCUCACUUUAACUGUUAUUGAGUUCCUUGGAAGAUAUCUGACCUUGGAGUUGGAAUGGUUGUCAGUUUGGAGCUGUGUAGGAUUUGGUAUCGAUGCAGAUUGCGGUACUAUUGUUUUUUCGUCCAGCAGUACUGAUAGGUCGUCUUCCUUCUUUCUAUUUUCUAUAGCAAUGCUUGAGAAGGUAGUUGUGUGCCGGUUAUAUGAGGUUCUUAGGCGUGGAAACAAUGUCAGGCUUCAGACUGUUGUACUUUCUACCGGUAGAACGAAGCUGAUCUUAUCUGAAACUUUCAGUUUCUCUCGAUGGAGGCUGCAAUCUUAUUAUCAGUUUGAAAGUUUGUCUCGUCCGAUUCAGUGCUUAGAGUUAACUCUCAUGCCGGCGUUGGCACUGGCACAACCCCUUAUGAAAUCAAAUGCUACUAGAAUAGCUUCUAAAUCCAAUGCUUCUACUGCUGAAAGCAUAAAACUGAAUAUGAGUUUUACAGUGGACUAUUUGCUUGGAAAACAAGCCUUCUUUGGACAAACUGAUUCUGAGACACUUGCACGUGUCAGUAAUCAAGGAGGCAUAAAGGAAAUCCUAACUCAAAGAAGAAGUGGUAAAGGAAAACAAAUAUGCACACCAUGCAUAGAACCAAAGUAA